AUAAGGAGAAGGAGUCGCCGGACGAAACUACUCAAGGAACAAAGCAAAAAUGACUGUCUUGAAGCUCACGACCGUUCUCCCCUUGUUCCUGGCUUUUCAAGCUGUGGAUCUCGUGAGUGCAGGGCAGGUUUACGCGGCGCCCCUCUUGCAAAGUCCGCAUCUAGUGGUGACGGGAACUCCCCCGCCAUUCUUAGCGCCAGCAUUGCCAACGUUUCCGCCGCCAUUCUUAGCGCCAGCAUUGCCAACGUUUCCGCCGCCAUUCUUAGCGCCAGCAUUGCCAACGCUUCCGCCCCCGCCGCCAUUCCUAGCGCCAGCAUUGCCAACGUUUCCACCACCACGAAGUGAGAACUCUGCGGAUGGCGAUGCAGGAUAUCAUGGAGGAAGCACGUCCAGAGAUGGAGCUGUAGGUGGAGCACGCGGAAGAAGCACUACCACUAGACCACAUCAAUUAUGGGCUAGUAGAGACGGAGGUGGUCCGGUUUGUCCUACAAUGACUUUGACGAACCAGGAACGCGGUAUGUUUUGUCAAGCGUUUCGCAAAAUUACUGGCGCUUUGUUUGUGGGAACGUGUCUAUUCGCAUUCACACAGCCACAGACGUCUAGGGGAGCAGAUGGAGAUCAAGGUACCAGUGGACAUCUUCAAGAUUCCGACUCAUCAUCAUCUGCUGUGCAUCCAGUACCUCUGCUGCAAAAGUGGAUGCUUGGUGUCCACAGAGAUGAAGUGAAUGCUGAAAUGACAGUCAAUGGGCGCAAGACGUACUUCUAUAUUCCGCCGGAGGACGAAGAUGAACUACAGGAUUUGAAAAGUACGACUGCGUCUACGAGUAGCAGGGAUAGCUCAUUUCUGCCGCCGCGAUUCGAAAACGCUGACGCUCUAGGUUUAUCAGAAGAGGAAACAGUAGUAGAAGAUGCGAACUACAGACGAGAAGGCCACACUUCAGGACUUCUUCUGCAAGCACUGUCGUCCUCGUCGCCUAUUGAGAAUAAGGAAAAGAAUUUUCUAGUACCGAAAGGAUACCACGCUCUUCGUCGUCGUCCUGCCAUUUUUGUCUUUCAUGGGUCAGGGGAGCGCGCGUUGGACAUGGUGAGGCAAACGAAGUUCAAGCGUUUGGCAGACAAGUACAAUUUCGUCAUCGUCUACCCGGAAAUGAAGAGGCCUGGCGCAGACGAGUGGGGCUACGACGAGAGCGACGCAGAAUACCUAGCAAAGGUUAUAGAUGCGAUGGGGGGACGUGACGUGGUGGAGGAAGCAACUUCAGGGGUAACAGAUUUAGCUAUUGAGGACGAGGAGCGCGAAAGUACAAGUAGUGGUAGGAGUGAAAGGGAAAGUAGCAGCAGUGGCAGGUCAAUUCCUUCUAGGAGGGUCGUGAGUGGGGCAGCACCUUCCGCAGCAUCAAAUGAACAAGCAGACGCGGGGGCACACCUUGCGUCAGUAGAGAAGAAAACUCCAUCCAGUCAGUUCCGCGUAGAUCCUUCAAAAGUCUUUGCGGUUGGACAUUCUGCAGGUGCGACAUAUAGUCUUUUUGCAGGGAAUAGCUUAGGGCGUAGUCAGAAGAUCAAAAGUAAGAACAAGAAGACUUCUGGUUCUGACGCAGUGCAAGCAGAAGGUGUAGGUGGAGAUGAAGAAAGGGAUACAAGAAGUAGAAAGAACUUGUUCGCAAAAGUCGCUGCAGUUGAAGGAGCGGUUGGGAGACUUGAAAAAUGGGAUAUGGAAAGUAGAGGUGUGCCUACGCUGUUGGUGUGGAAUCACGCAGACCCUGUUCUCAAAGAGUACAGUCCCGAAGGAGGCGAGCCUGUAUAUCUGAGACUUACAGUUUCGACGCUACGUCGUCACGCAGAGCAUCCAUGGAUUCCGUUGGCAGGUGGUGGGAAUCGCUCGUUACUUAUGAGAGGAUGUUUUUGAACUACUGGUACUGACUUUGUCCUGUAGUGUAUGCGCAGGUGUACGUAGUAUCAUGUUAUCGGCUCCCAGCAGCUCUUUGACUCUGUGGCUGCAGCACUAGGUUGUUUUGAAAAUCCAUCCGUCUCUCAUAUCCGUCCGCAAAACGCAGUUGCCGACAGACUCAUCCACGCCCGAAGCUGAGCGAAUAGAAUAUUUGGCGGACCCGAGACCUUCUUCACAAUCAAAACUCAGUGGUGGGAAUAGCAAGACGAAUGGAGUAGAUGAAAAUGCAGCAGGAGGAGCUGCCGCAGCAGAUGAUGCGCCCCCACUGACACUGGUUGCCUUCCGCACCGAACCCGGGAGACACACUUGGGCUAGCAGAGAUUGGUGCACGGUCUCGGCUUCCGACGAAGUUGUGCGCUUUUUUUUUGAUUUGGAAGAACAAGAAAGUUCGUAAAAAAGGGGAAGUUAUUGACUGAAUUUGAAGUUUUUUAAGACUGCGAAACAAGUUUAGGUCAUCACCACGAGUAAGUUUAAGUGCUUGAUUGAAUUAUGAGAUUAUACAUAGAUUACAACGAUGAGGGGAACAUAAGACCACUCGCAUAUAUGUCCUAAUAUCUAUGCAUAUCAGCCAGAACUGGCUUUCGUUUUGAAUUUCUGUUGCGCUCCACUGUCCUUACUGACACAGGACAGUCUCUCAUUUGAAAAUCCCAAUUAUACGUUGAUCAUAAGGUUGAACAUGGAAGAGAAUCAUGAUGAGAACUCAAAUUCUGUCAAGAGGAAGAACAAGAGCUUCUGCAUAAAUUCCAAGGUGUAUGCAGCGAUCAGGACUAAGUACACGAGCC